GCGUCCUCGGCCGGCCCCGCCCCCUCAGCCCCGGCGAGCGCGCCGUCCAGCCGCCGCCUCCCCUCGGCCGCCCGCGGGCGCCGGCGCGGGUCGGGAGCGGAGCCGCCGCAGAUUUUAUUCAUUUAUUCAUGAGAGACAGAGAGAGAGAGAGACGAGGCAGAGGGAGAAGCAGGCUCCAUGCAAGGAGCCCAACGUGGGACUCGAUCCUGGGACUCUAGGAUCACUCCCUGGGCUAAAGUUUCAAACCAUGAAUUAUGUAGGACAGCUGGCUGGGCAGGUGAUUGUCACUGUGAAGGAACUCUACAAGGGCAUUAACCAAGCCACUUUGUCUGGGUGCAUCGAUGUCAUUGUGGUGCGGCAGCAGGAUGGCACCUAUCAGUGUUCACCUUUCCACGUUCGGUUUGGGAAGCUGGGGGUCCUGAGAUCCAAAGAGAAAGUGAUUGAUAUAGAAAUCAAUGGCGAUGCAGUGGAUCUUCACAUGAAAUUGGGUGACAACGGGGAAGCUUUCUUUGUGGAGGAGACUGAAGAGGAAUAUGAAAAACUUCCUGCCUACCUUGCCACCUCACCAAUUCCUACUGAAGACCAGUUCUUUAAAGAUAUGGAUGCUCCUUUGGUGAAAUCUGGUGGAAAUGAAAGACCAUCUCAGAGUUCAGAUAUCUCACAUAUCUUGGAAACAGAAACAGUUUUCACUUCAAGUUCUGUGAAAAAGAAAAAACGAAGGAGAAAGAAAUGCAAACAGGAUAGUAAGAAGGAAGACCAAAAUGCUUCCCCUGCCUCCCCUGCUGCAGAGGAUACUGUGGAUGUGGAAAUGAGCUCUGAUGAUGACAAGGCGGCCCAGUCAGCAAGAGGAUCUUCAAAUGCUUCCUUAAAGGAAGAUGAAUAUAAGGAGCCUUUGCUCUUCCAUUCUGGGGAUCACUACCCCUUAUCUGAUGGAGACUGGUCCCCUUUAGACAACCCCUAUUCCCCAGCAGCAGUAUGUCCUAAGAGUGAUUCAGAGUUGGAGGUGAAACCUGCCGAGAGCCUGCUCAGAUCUGAGUCCCACAUGGAGUGGACGUGGGGAGGGUUCCCAGAGUCCACCAAGGUCAGCAAAAGAGAGAGAUCUGACCAUCAUCCUAGGACAGCUACGAUUACACCCUCAGAAAAUACUCACUUUCGGGUAAUUCCCAGUGAUGACAACCUCAUAAAUGCAGUUGAUAAAGAUGUUUCUAUGGGAGAAACAGUCUGUACCAUAGUGAAACCCAAACCCAGAGCCCUGUGUAAGCAGAUGAGCAAUGCAACUUCUGCUGCAGAACUUCUCGAACCUCCCCUGGAACCUCCUCAGAUUUCAUCUAUGUUAGAUGCAGAGCACCUUCCUAACCCAUCAUUAGUGGAGACCCCCUCAGAAUCAAAACUUGCAGUGAAAGUAGACUCACCAUCAAAGAAGAAAGGCGUCCACAAAAGAAGCCAGCACCAGGGACCUGAUGAUAUUUACCUGGAUGACCUAAAGGCUCUAGAACCUGAAGUUGCAGCGCUCUAUUUCCCUAAAAGUGAAUCGGACCCUGGCUCUCGGCAGUGGCCCGAGUCUGACACGCUCUCUGGCUCCCAGUCCCCACAGUCUGUGGGAAGUGCGGCUGCAGAUAGUGGCACCGAGUGUCUCUCAGAUUCUGCUAUGGACUUGCCUGAUGUCACCCUCUCCCUUUGUGGGGGUCUAAGUGAAAACGGAGAAAUUUCCAAAGAAAAAUUCAUGGAGCAUAUCAUUACUUAUCAUGAAUUUGCAGAAAACCCUGGACUCAUAGAUAAUCCUAACCUUGUAAUACGGAUAUAUAACCGUUAUUAUAACUGGGCUUUGGCUGCUCCCAUGAUCCUUAGCUUGCAAGUAUUCCAGAAGAGUCUGCCGAAGGCCACAGUUGAGUCCUGGGUCAAAGAUAAGAUGCCAAAGAAAUCUGGUCGCUGGUGGUUUUGGCGUAAGAGAGAGAGCAUGACCAAACAGCUGCCAGAGGCCAAGGAAGGGAAAUCCGAGGUGCCACCAACCAGUGAUCUGCCAUCGAGCGCAAAGGAGCCAGCCAGUGGCAGGCUGACUGAGGAUGACUCAUCGAGUGAUGAGGGGUCCCAGGAGCUCGAAGAGUCCAUCAAAGUGGACCCUGUUCCCACAGAGCCCCCAAGCCAUGGCAGCACAACCUCAUAUAAGAAGUCUCUUCGACUCUCUUCGGACCAGAUUGCAAAACUGAAGCUCCAAGAUGGCCCAAAUGAUGUCGUGUUUAGUAUUACAACCCAGUAUCAAGGUACCUGCCGCUGUGCAGGGACCAUUUACCUGUGGAACUGGAAUGACAAGAUCAUCAUUUCUGAUAUUGAUGGGACAAUAACCAAAUCUGAUGCUUUGGGCCAGAUUCUUCCACAGCUGGGUAAAGACUGGACUCAUCAGGGUAUAGCAAAGCUCUACCACUCCAUCAACGAGAAUGGCUACAAGUUCCUAUACUGCUCCGCACGUGCCAUUGGCAUGGCUGACAUGACCCGUGGUUACCUGCACUGGGUCAAUGACAAGGGUACCAUCUUGCCUCGGGGCCCUCUCAUGUUGUCCCCCAGCAGCCUGUUCUCUGCCUUCCACAGGGAAGUGAUAGAAAAGAAGCCAGAGAAGUUCAAAAUUGAGUGUCUAAACGAUAUCAAGAAUCUGUUUGCCCCAUCUAAGCAGCCCUUUUAUGCUGCCUUUGGAAACCGUCCAAAUGAUGUCUAUGCUUACACACAAGUUGGAGUUCCAGACUGCAGAAUAUUCACCGUGAACCCCAAGGGUGAAUUAAUACAAGAAAGGACCAAAGGAAACAAGUCCUCGUACCACAGGCUGAGCGAACUCGUGGAGCACGUGUUCCCACUUCUCAGUAAGGAACAGAACUCUGCCUUUCCCUGCCCAGAGUUCAGCUCCUUCUGCUACUGGCGGGACCCGAUCCCCAAAGUGGACCUGGAUGACCUGGCGUGAGGUGACACCUCCAGGGGGAGGUCCUCAGUCCCUCACCUCACAGCAAGGGAAGGUGACCAGCGCUUCUGCUGGGCAGAGGACAUUGGGCAACCCUGCAAGCCACAGGUGCAGGACGAGACCCAUGUGGAUGGCUGGGCACCAGCAGGCACUGGGAGAGUCCUGGAGCUGCAACCGUGGUCCUCCUUCCCCUUCCCAGGCCUGGUAGGGCUGUGACCCAGUGCCCUGGCCAGGGUUGGAGGGGAGGGGGGUAGCGGAGGAGCUCGGACCUGCGGUCGGAGGCCUGGGCUCCUAGUGCUGUGGUCCUCAUACACGUGCUGUGUCAGGUGUGUGCUGGUGCUCCUUAAACUGAAUGAUUUAAAAGGAAGAAAGAAGCUGAGAGGGGACCAAAACAUGUAUACAGUAAAGUGUUAUAAUUUCCA